ACGAAUUCUAUUUCACUCUCCUUGACUCUCUCAUAUUUCAUCUCUGCUGUUUCUGCAACUGUGCGGGGCUUGAAAGGUUUUCAAUUGGCUGCCUCCAAUUUUCAUGCUCCACUCUAUCAUCUGGAUCUAUCUCUGGUUUGGGUGAACUUAGGGAGUUGAUCUUUUGGAAAUUGGAUGGCCACUGACAGUCUCAUGACAAUGGUGGAAGGAAGCCAAACUAGCAAAUGGCUUUCCUCAAAGGAUAUUUCAGCACUUGGAUCUUUCUGGAAAAAUAAGACAACAGAGGAGCUGGAUGUUUUCUUGAAGGGAGAAAAGUUCAGUCGAGGAAAAGCAAACUUAAUUCCUAGUCGAAGUGGCAGUGCUCCACCAAGUAUGGAGGGUUCAGUUGCAGCAGUUGGAAAUAUGUUACCUGUGGAGGAUUCUAGUCUGAUUUCAAAUUCAGGAAGUCUGAGCAAUUCUCUUGAGCAUCACAAGUCUGAAGGAGAGCUAUUUGAUCCUUCUAAUGUUGCAUGUUGUUCCUUGGAGCUCAAAUUGGAUCCCAAGCUUCUUUCACAGCACUUGCAAAAUCAGUUUAGUAAUCAUGAAAAAAAUCAAGGCAUUGCUGCUUCAGAUAAUGGUGGCAUCGUUUACCCUUCUACUGGUGAGGCUUCCAACAAAAAUGGUUCACCAAAGCAAGCUUCAGAAAGCUUGUUCAAUCCCACUAACAUGCCUAAGCCUGGGAAAAAUGCAAUCCCAUUGGCUAGUGUUCACAAAAGCUUGGUGGAUUUGAUACAGGAAGACUUCCCCCGUACCCCUUCCCCUGUAUUUAACCAAUCUCAUUUAUCAAGUCAUGCUACAACUGAAGAUACAGUUGAUGUUGAUGUGCAAGCAAUUUCUUCUAGUGUUUCAUCAAUAGAUUUAUCAAACCAGUCAGAAUCAGCUACAUGUUCUCCUAGUGUUGUGGAGACAGGCAUCCUGAACACAGAUGCUUGUGAGCUAACGUCAAAUGAAAUUUCUCUGUUAAACUUCGGAAGUUUGCAGCAUGUUGAUGAAUCCCAAAACCUGCCAGUGGAUCCAAGUCCAACAUGCAACAAAGAUGCUGUGCUGAAGGAUUAUGUAUCAACAGAUGGGGCUGUAAAUGUGGAGGAGCAUAGAUUGACAGCCUCUAAUUUUAGAAGGAAAAAACUAGAACAGCAACAAUGUCAUGGUAGGAAUAAGCUAAAUCAAUCUUUUACUUGUGACUAUGCUUAUCAAUUUCCAGCUGUGGGGUCACAAUUUCCUCAAGGCACAAACAAUUCACAAGGUUACUUGGGAAUGCUUGGUUAUAGUAAUUCACAAUUUUCACCUCUUGGUAUACAAUCAUCGUUGCCUUCUACUGGACUUACUGGUCCCUAUUAUGCAACCCCAACUGCAUUCAUGACUUCUGGAAACCCAUUUUAUCCUAAUUUUCAUCCAUCCGGUUUUCUCCCUCCACAGUAUAGUUUAGGUGGGUAUGCUUUGGGUUCUUCCUCUGUUGCACCAUAUAUGGCGGGAUAUUCUUCUCAAGGUGACCUUCCUCUUCCUUUGGAAGCGGCAGGCAGCCCAGACCUGAAUGGUCAAGCUACCAAUGCUUCAAGAGGUGUUUCUUAUGCUUCUGAUUUUCAGAGUUGCAGCAAGAUUCAUGGACAAUAUGGAUUGCCAGUACAACCUUCAUACGUUAAUCCAAUUAAUAUGCAAUAUUAUUCCCACGCUUCCAGUGAUGUGUAUCCUGCUGGUUUUCAGCAGAAUCAAUUGUCAUCUAGAACAUUGGCUGAAGGACUGAGUUGUUCUCUACCUUCCCAGCAAGAUGCAGCUGUUCCUUCCUAUUCAAAUAGUCAUAAAUUUCAAUCUUCAGCACAUGGUAGCUUGCCCAUUCCAAGUACUAAACAUGUGGGGAUCUCCGGAAGUAGCUAUUAUGGGAACUCCAAUACAGGUGUCAUGAUGCAAAUUCCUCCUUUGUCUCGUGGUGUUCCAAUUUUUCCAUCCUCAUCAAUGGGCAAAACUAACACUCAAAGUGGGCAAAAUGAGAAUAUGCCUUGUGUUUCUGUCAGAAAUGCAGGAUUUUCUCCUGGACAGAGAGGAAUUAGGGGUUUUGGUGAAACCAAGCAGCAGUCUUUUCUAGAGGAACUUAAAUCCAUCAAUCCUGAGAAGUUCAAGCUCUCUGAUAUAGCAGGGCGUAUUGUCGAAUUGAGCAUGGACCAACAUGGAAGUCGGUUUAUCCAGCUGAAGCUCGAAAACAGCAGUGCUGAAGAGAAGGCAUCUGUUUUUGAAGAAAUCCUUCCACAUUUCUCAAAGUUAAUGACAGAUGUGUUUGGCAAUUAUGUAAUUCAGAAGUUUUUUGAGCAUGGAAGUGCUGAUCAGCAAAAAAACCUUGCAGACAAACUUUCUGGACAGAUUUUACCAUUAAGUUUGCAUAUGUAUGGCUGUCGUGUUAUCCAGAAGGCCCUUGAGGUUAUAGAAUUAGAUCAGAAGAUACUGUUAGUGCAAGAGCUUGAUGGACAUGUCAUGAGAUGUGUACACGAUCAAAAUGGGAAUCAUGUCAUACAAAAAUGCAUAGAAUGCAUGCCUGUGGACAAAAUCCACUUUAUCACAUCUGCAUUUCAAGGACAAGUUCCGGCUCUUUCUACUCACCCAUAUGGGUGUCGUGUUAUUCAGAGAAUUUUGGAGCAUUGUUCAGACGAGCAAUAUAUUCAAUUUAUAGUGAACGAAAUUCUGGAAUCUGCUUUUGUCCUUGCUCAAGAUCAGUACGGCAAUUAUGUGACUCAGCACGUCCUGAAAAGGGGAAAAAAUGAAAGAGGUCAAAUUGUAAGCAAAUUAGCUGGCAAGAUUGUACAGUUGAGUCAGCAUAAGUAUGCUUCCAAUGUUGUUGAGAAGUGUUUAGAGCAUGGUGAUGCGACUGAACGAGAGGCUUUGAUUUCGGAAAUAAUUGGGCAGCCUGGUGAAGACCAUAAUUUAUUGACAAUGAUGAAGGACCAGUUUGCUAAUUAUGUGAUCCAGAAGCUUCUUGAUAUAAGCAAUGACAGGCAUCGGGAAAUGCUUCUCAAUCAUAUAGGAGAUCAUUUAGAUGCUUUGAAGAAAUACACAUAUGGGAAACACAUUGUUGCUCGUUAUGAGCAACUUGUUGGUCCAGCCGGCGAGGCUUAGAUUUGUCCACGAUGGCCCCUCAAACUACUAAACUUGUUAGAGCAAUCAAAGAGGAGAGAAGGUAUCAGAAACUACAGCAUCCUAUGCUAAGCUACCAGUACAUAAAACUAAUACAUAUAUAUAUAUAGAGAGAGAGAGAGAGAGAGUCAGCUGCUCAAUAUUAUGAAGGGAAUUGGGUAUACCUGUACUCUAUUUGAUAUGCAUAUGCAGGCACACACACACACAUAAAUAAUUAAUGACAUGUGGUACAUAAUAUUCAGGUUACAGGCGUAUCUUGUAGAGAAUGAUAUGGCUUGUUCUUUUAGAGGAUGGCAUUGAUAUUAAAUGACACAGCCAGUGCAUGAUUGUGAGUAGUACUCUUUGUUUGGAUCCGAUCUUUGAAGCUGGGACGCACAACAAGAGCAUACUAUAACAUCAAAUCUGAAUGUAUUAUUUCAUAUUUGUUAUUGGGCUCCUCAAGUAUUUAAAUUACAUCAUGUGCAUUUGUGCAUUCAUGUGUGUGUGCGCGCACGCGCCAGUGUGUGUAUUUUGUACCUCUAAAUUUAUGAAUAAUCUUUAUUUAAA